GGACGGGGCUAGAACGGUUAAGUAUGGGGUAGAGCAUACCUCGGGUGCGGGUGGCCUUUUUUGUUAUGUUAAGGAUGUGUUUGCCGAAGGUGAGCUUGCGCCCGAUGGUAACGCCGAGGUAUUUCGCUUGGUUGGACCAGCUAAUGGGGUGGUUGUCGAGUAGUAAUGGAGGGAUAUGUGUAGUAUUAGAUCGUCUAAAAAGAAUACCUACAGUUUUGGUCGGGUUUAUUUUGAUUCUCCAGCGAUGGAACCAUGUGGAAGCUAAGUUGAGUUGGUGUUGUAAUUGUAUGGCUGCAAGUUUCGGGUUUUUGUCGAAAGUAAAGAACAUAGUGUCGUCAGCGAAUAGUGAGAGAUGUACUUUGGAGUUGGUAUGUCGUUUAUGUAAGUCAAGUAGAGAGUAGGUGAAAGGCAGGAUAAUUGAGGGACGCCUGCGAGUAUAUGUCCGGCGGACGAGAAAGAGUCUUCGAUUUUUGUGAUAAAGGUGUGGUCAGUGAGAAAGAAUUCGAUGAUUUUAACGAUUUCAGUCGGGAUGUUGAGUUGGGAUAGUUUGUGGAGAAGACCAACGUGCCAGACUCGGUCGAAGGCUUUCUCCACGUCAAGAAAUAUAGAAGCAGUGUUUAUGUUGUUGUUAAAGUUCUGGCUAAGUUGGUGAGUAAGUUUGGUCAGUUGUAGAGUGGUAGAGUGUUCUGGUCUGAAGGCAAAUUGUUCUGGGCGGAUUUUGUCUCGGAGAUUGUUUUGAAGGUGAGUGAGGAUGAUUCGUUCUUAAAUUUUUGAUAUGGAGGAGAGUAGAGCGAUUGGUCGGUAGUUUUCGGGUAGUUUGUGGUCUUUACCUGGCUUGGGGAUGGAAAUUAUUACUGAUAUUUUCCAAGCACGUGAAAAGUAGCAAAUUCUGAGGGAACAGUUGAUGAUUUGUGUUAGGGAAAGCAGAAAGUUGUUUGGUAGAAAUUUGAGAGCAGUGUUGGUGAUGAGGACGUCACCAGGGGCUUUUUUUUUGCGGAGGUUACUUAUGAUUUUUUGGAUUGUGUCAGGAGUGAUGUACAAUUUAGAAUUGGAAAUUGUGAUGUUUCGCAGUAAGUUGAAGUGUGCAGUCACUUCUGGAAGGGUUUGGUUGGAACUGAAGUUCGAGAGAGUCAGCUAUAACUCGGCUCGAUCAAUAGCCGGAAAAACUAGACUGUUAGGGCCGGUAUGUGGGUGGGAUGCUGGGCGUUUUUGGAGGAGACACUUGUUUAAUUUGUAUAUGGAACCGUCUUGGUGGUCAGGAGAGUUAAGAAAAAUGUCCCACUGGUCGGUUUUGUGAGUUUCAAGUAGAGUUCUGAUUAGAGAGAUUUAAGCAUUAAGUUGGCGAUGGUGGUCGAGUAACGAUUUCUCUGCCAUUGGCGGCGUAACUGGUUUUUCUUGGUUAUUUCGAGUUUUAUGUAGUUGGGUAGUAGUAUAAAAUGGACAGUUCAGAUGCCUCAACCCUCAACCCUCAACCACAACCGCCGCCGCCCGAUCGCUUACGUGUGUGACGUAUAUUUACCCCCACUACCGACGCCGCCGCCCGUUCAGGAACGUAACUAACAUAUAUUACUAUCUAUACAACAUCUGAUGUGUUAUCAGAUACGUUAUCAUCUCAUUAUCAAGUUAUCACUAUCGUAUUAUUGUACACUUCUAUAUCUUUUCGCGCAUGCGCACGGGAAAACGUAUGCACGCACGCGAAACAUAUCACACACGUAACCAACGUAUUAUCAUAUUAUCGUAAUCAACUUAUUAUCAUUAAUAUUUAUAAAUAUAUCGUUCGUAUAAUGGUUACAUACUAAUUCUCAAUGUGGCAUAUGUUAACAACUAUUGUUAUGGCUUCAUCGAGUGAGGAAUAUAUGUUUAGAAAUAUACAUUGACUCAAAUCCAUUGUUUUCAUAACGUGCUGGUAGGGACAAUCAUCGUCAAUUGUUGUAGUAGCGUCUUGUACCGACCCGUUCGCGGGUAGGCUACCAUGCGUGGGUAGUCUGAUGAUGACAACACAUAUAGCUUCAAUUCAAUACAGUCUGCGUACUCCGUUGUCCGCCAAGACAGAAUCAGUCUGUUCCAGAUACUCAUACGAUUACAUACACCUUGCCUUCGUACGCUCCGUGUUUUCAAAGUCUUUACACAUUUACACGAUAUUAUUUUACAUUUUUUCUCCGUGUUUAUUAUUUUAAAAACGAUUUUUAAAAACAUGGCUGGUUCAAUUGAAGUUAACGCAGCAUUAUACAGAAAAAAGGCUUUUACUUAUGUACCACCAUCACCUCCGACAGAUCUGAUGGAAUCAACUAGCUUUACCAUCGACUUUGCGAGCCGUAAGUUUAUCCACAUCGGGCUUGAUUCAAAAGACUUUAGUAUCGUUGCACUUAUAUUAACUUCUUCGCGUUACGUGACUUUAAGUUACGAAUUUCUAAGGCGGAUAUUCUCAUACAUGGGGCAUAUCUUGUCCUUUAUACUGGAUAUACCGGAGAAAUAUAAGCGCGUGAUAUUUUGUGAAGACGAUUUGUAUAAAUUAUCGAGUAUGGUAUAUAGAGGGGAAAAUGUAUUAGUGAUAGAAGGAAAAUCGCAAGAAGGGUGUAGAAUCCUAUUGAAUCGGGCGGAUCUUAUUAUACUUCAAUAUCUAGAAGGUGUUAUUUUCGAAACCGUAUGCCGGACCGGAGCAUAUAAUCAUCAAUUAAUUAUAAAACAAGUUAGAGACUAUGCAUAUUACUUGGAAGAGAAAUUUAACCAGAUGCAGUCACCACCGGUAAAUUUAGACGAAAUGAUAACUUUCAUUAAGAAGGAUCAUGACUAUCGGCUCAUACAAUCGGACCCAGUCAUAACCAAACAAAUUCAAUUAUUCGCUGCUGCACAUGUAGCUGAUCUUGUGUUAAAACUGAGAUCUCAAAACUCACACGAGGUAAAUCAUAAAUAUAUUAUUACAUGUAGAAAAAAUAUUUAAUAACAUUUUUUUUUUAUUUCAGAAUGAUAAAAUAGAUUUACCGAUCUCGCCGAACUAUUCUCCUAUCUCACCGAUCUAUUCGCCGAUACCCAAUAUCCCCGACACUCAAGACUCUCAUCACUUGUUUAAUCAGUCAGGAAAUGAUAUUUCGGUACAGGCGUUUGAUCAAAUAGACGGGCCAUCGAUACCUGUAGACGAGAUUCCGCAAUCGGUGGACGAAAAUGACGGUCCAGAUUUUUACGAUCGAACUUGGUUACCGCCGAUGCUAAUGACACCGCCAUCUCGUUCAAAUUGCAUCAAAUAUCCAACCACAUCACACAAACGCUCGCAUUCUUCAUUUACCAAACAUCCGUCACCAGUACGUGAUGUCAAGCCUCGUUUAUUUUAAUAUGUUGUAUGUACAAUAAUUAA